ACACUACGGUAGUAAAUACCUUAAGAUUGAAAUGUCGAUAUUAAUAUAAGUUGAGUUUAUUGCACUUCAGUUAUAAACUUAUAAAUAGCUAUAUAAACACGAACCUUACAGACAGUAAUAUUGACGCUAUCAAUGAGUGAAAUUCAGUGAAAUAAAAGUUGGAGUUUCCAAAUUAAGGUAUUUUCGAUAUAUAAGAACACCGUUGUUUUGAGCAAGGAGUUAAUCAUGGAUGAAAAGCAAGUAGACGACCUUGUCAGAAGAUGUCAGGAGGCCAAGGAACAAUCUUACAGCCCGUACAGCAAGUUCAGGGUUGGGGCGGCUCUUCUAUGCCAAGAUGGAAGAAUAUAUACAGGAUGCAACGUGGAGAAUGUCUCCUAUGGACUCACAAUCUGUGCGGAGAGGACCGCUCUGGUCAAGGCCGUAUCUGAAGGUCACCGGAAGUUCAAGGCCAUCGCCAUAGCGAGUGAUCUUGCCAACAAAACUAUAUCACCCUGCGGUGCAUGUAGACAGUUCCUUGUCGAGUUCGGUGUAAGCUGGGACGUAAUUAUGACGAAACCGGAUAUGACGUAUAAAACGAUGAAAACCGGAGAGUUACUUCCACUAUGUGUUGUCUCGGAAUCUCUAGAAGAAGAGAAAGUCAGCAAACUUGCCUGAAGUCGAUAAACUCGACACAGUAGUUACUUCACUAUGCUGUUCAGUAAAACUGCCGUCACCAUAUUACGUGAUGAUCGUGUCAUUUUUUCUUAUAUAAAUCCAUUUUCUUGCAUUUGAUUUUUUUUAACUUUGAAAACAGCCUAAUGCUAAUAUGUUAUUCUCAAAACAAACUUACAUAGCUUUCGUAUGUGGUGGAAAAGAUCUGCUGUGCUUCUCAAGAGAGAUUACUGCGUUGGGGAUUGGAACAUCUAGUGGUGAAAAUAAUGGUGAAGUCAGUAAAAGGUUGAAGAAAGCAUUUGUAUUUAUACGAAGUAAUUGUAACAAGAAAACGUAAUAAAAAGUAUCAAAAUGA